GCAGGUUUAGACAUCAGCCCCAGGGAUCUUGCUUUGCUCUGCCAAAAGGUAGAGAAUCAUGUAGUUGGAGUUCCAUGUGGUGUGAUGGACCAGAUGACUUCAGCGUGUGGUGAAGCCAACAAACUUCUUGCUAUGAUUUGUCAGCCUGCUGAGGUAAUAGGGCUUGUGGCUAUUCCUAGUCAUAUACGGUUUUGGGGAAUUGAUUCAGGAAUAAGACACAGCAUUGGCGGUGCAGACUAUGGAUCUGUAAGAGUGGGGGCCUUUAUUGGUCGAAAGAUGAUAAAGUCUAUUACGUCUGCAAUGUUGUCCCAAUCAUUGUCAAGUGCAAAUGGGAACAUUGAUGAAUUGAAUGAGGAUGGUGUUGAGCUACUCCAAGCUGAGGCUUCAUUAGAUUACUUGUGCAACCUGUUGCCUCACAGGUUCUACUAAUUCUCCAAGAUUGAAGAUGGGUGGUACAAUUGUAAAGAAUGUUGGUAGUAACCUGAAGCACUGUUGGCAGAUCAUUGACAUGAAGAAUGGCUGCAGGGACUAUUUUUCUGGGCGGAUUGCAGCUGGUCUCAGGUGCUGAAUGCCUUGAUAGCAAUCUAUAAAUAUUUUGUUUGUUAUGGUGUCCACUACAGAGCUAGUUUUUUUGAGCCUACCCUUGCAGGUUGUGCAAGGGAAUACAUAUAUUUUUGCUACGGCUCUAUCGCUGCCGUUGACUGUGUUCAUGGUCCGCAUAAUCCAAUUAUAAGGCCCCUAAACAGGUUCUGGUUUAGUGAGCUGCCCCAAAUCCAUGAUUACAUAUGGUCUUAUUGAGGGAAGAAAUGGAAAAUAAUGUGUUUGUACCUCUUCUUUUAGGGAUAUUUGUUUAUCUUUUUGGACAUAUCUGUAUGAUUUGUGGAUAGGUUUUUUUUUUUUUUAAAGGGAAUUUUAUUGAG